UUCAUCAAUUGUGUGUUGUUGUCGUUGGCUGAAAAUUGAAGUGAGGAGACAAUCGAAGCACAUUGGAAAUAAGCACGCAAUGAAGGCUGUCAUUAUUGUUGGACUAGUUGCCCUGACUGUGGCUGUAAACGGCCGAUAUGUGUUCGAAGACCUUGAAGGAAUGAACCAGGGAGAAGCUGACACAGCAAAGCGAUCGAGGAAAUAUGAGCGCUCGCCCGAAGCUGUAGUAGCCGCGAAGGUCUGCAAGCCAUACAUCAAAACAUGCAUCCAGAAUGCUAACGGUGACAAGACGCAGGCUAGAAAGUGUUUUAGCCAGUUUAUGAGUCACUGCAUGCAAAAGAUCAAGCACUCACUGGAAGAGAUGGAGAAAUGUAUCGAAGCAGCCAACGGAGUCUUUGAACAAAUGCAAGAAUGYCUGUCUGAACCAAUUGCUGUUCGACGUUAAACACACGUUCUUAAUAUUAUAAAUACAAUAGAUGUAGGUUAGGGUCUACAUUGGGAAUAAUAAAAAUGUUACAAAGAAAA